UCAUGGCGUUUCGUUUUGUAAACGUCAAAUGUUGAGAGUGGUAUUUGUUUCGGUGCUUUGUUUUUUGUGAAUUAUGGCAGGAUUCACGGAAAAUGCAUUGAUUCGGAAACUGCAAGAGUUAAAUUCUAGCCAACAAAGUAUCCAGACGUUGUCGUUGUGGCUCAUACACCACAGGAAGCAUCACGCUGCGGUGGUCAAAACUUGGCACAAGGAAUUGCUCAAAGCAAAAGACCACAAGCAGCUCACAUUUCUCUACCUCGCAAACGAUGUGAUCCAGAACAGCAAGAAAAAGGGUCCCGAGUACGGGCAGGAGUUCGGCAUCGUCCUCAAAGAUGCUCUCAAACACAUGGCCAAGACCGGCAUCAAUGCGAAGACCAAGCAUUCCCUUCACCGCAUACUGAACAUAUGGCAGGAGAGAGGCGUGUACGAUGCAGAGAAGAUACAGGAGCUUAAAGUAGCAGUUGAUCCUAACGAUGCCAUACCAGCACCGGAGAAGAAGCCAAGCAGCAACGGAACAAAACGUAAAUCCACAGACCAGGAGCCGGUCUCCGAGAAGAAGGCUAAGAAGGAAGACAGCAAGCCGCGCCAUGAGAGGAGGAAGAGCGAGACAAAGGUGGCGGCUGACGGACAUAUUGAGACACACACGCUGCUGAGCCCGAAGACUCCACCCGGUGACCCUCCAGAGCCUGAGGAGUUGAUUAAAGCACUUCAAGAAUUGGAGUCCAGUGCAUCGAGUGAUGAGGCCGUCCGAGAGAGGAUAGCCUCCUUGCCUCCAGAAGUAUCUGAAAUACAGCUGUUGUCCAAACUCCAAGACAAGGAGUCAGCCCUAAGCCUCUCCGCCGUAGUCAACUCAGCAGUGGAACUCCUAGCUGAAUACAACGUGCGUCUAGCGGAGGAGCUGGCGCGGCGGCGGCGCGCGGCCUCCAUGCUUAGAGACUUCGCACAGGCGCAGCGGGAGCUAGCGCGACAGGCUGAAGCGAGGCUUGAGGAAUACAACAUAAAGCUGCAAAAGAUCUACGCUGUGAAAACCGAAGUGAAAUCCCACAUCGAGAACCUCCCCGACGUGUCCCGCCUUCCCGACGUGAGCGGGGGGUUAGCGCCACUGCCCUCAGCCGGCGACCUGUUCUGUCUGCGGACCCCCUAGCCGACGCCCCGUCGGGGGGACACGACUAAGAGGAGGUGUCAUAGACAUAGGAAGAGGGAUAAGAAGAGUAGGUAACAGCGUGUGAUGGAUAUAGUGUAGGCUAUUAUGUAGGUGAGUUUUUGGAUUCUGUCUCUGUAACCGGCUGCAAAUAAGGAGGUUUUUGUUUAGAUACUG